AUGGUCUCUCUUUGGCCCUGGAAGGGCGAAGACUCGUCCCCCGCCUCGUUCGAGAAAACCCUGUCGACUCUCUCCAAGAAGAUCGCAGCCACCCAGCUCCAGCUCGACAAGCAGCGCUCCUCCUCGCGGCGCGUCAAAGUCCUGUGGACCCUCUACCUGUCCUUCGCCUACCUCGUCUAUGCCAUCGUGCUCGUCCUUGUCGUCGGAUGGAAGAACUUGGGGCCCUGGGAAUGGACCGGUGUGGCAGGUAGCCCCGUCCUAAUCUACCUUAUCCGCACCCUCACGAACGCCUACUUUACCUUCCGUAUCGACACCCUCGAAUCGCGCCUCAAGGACCAGCAGGCUGAGCGGGCCAAGACUAUCCAAAAGCUGAAGGACGCCACCAAGUACGACUCUACCCUGGAACUACUGGAGAAAUACGGCGGGGAGAAGCCCAAGCCCAAGCGCACCAAGUCAGGCCAGCCUGGCCCGGAUAAUGAUGGAGAUGGCCAGAAGGGCAGCGGGCCGGUCAACCAAGACGGGCCUCGCAACCGGGGCCAGCCCAGCGGCCGAACGCACAUGCCACCGCCACCGACAGCGAACAUUCAACGGCCUCCCUCGGCCCCGGGUACGCCACAAAACCAAAAUCCUCAGGCGCCCUUCCGCCCGCCGCCACCACAGUCCGCCUCUCCUCUCGGGCAUGAACUCACUGCUGAGUUCGCCCCUAAUGCCGGAGAUCUGCCUCCGUCCUACCACCAGUACGAGUUCAACUCUGGCCCGCCCAGAUGGUACGAUCGCAUCCUCGACCUGAUGCUUGGCGAAGACGAAACUGCCCCCAAGAACCGCCUCGUGUUGAUAUGUCAAAGGUGCCGCUUGGUGAAUGGCCAAGCGCCUCCGGGUACCAAAACCCUGGCAGAGGUUGGACAAUGGAAAUGCAUGAGCUGCGGGACGCUAAAUGGAGAGAUGGACGAAGGAAAGAAGAUCAUGCGCGAGGUUUUGGGUCAAGGGAGUGAGCAGUCCAUCGACGAGGCUGAAGGAGUGAGUGGCGAUGAUUCGGAGCCUGCGUCGGGGGCUUUGGCCGCUCAGAAUGCUGGACAUGGAAGAGACAGUACCGAGGACCAGAAGCCGAUCCGGAGAUCGGGCAGGAAUAAAUCUCAAAUGGUCCCUUGA